UACAAUUCUGAAUGGCCAAAACAAUAUGCUCCAAUAGAAGCAACCAUUUGAAAGAUAAUAUUACAUUACCAAAAUCCAAAACCACAAACCACCUUCUUAUUCUUCUUCAUCGUUUCAGUUGUCAAUAGUUGUCUCUACUCGACACAAACCUUAGUCCUUCCAAACCAAACAACAACAACAACAAAAACAUAGGAAAACAAAAACAAAAGAUUUUCAAGGAAUCCCUAUAAACAUGAAAACAGAGCAUAACAAUAACAAAAGACUUUCAGUUACAAUCAUUACUAUCAUUAAACCCGCGGCGUAUGUUAUCCUUCUCGUGCUAACUUACACUCUAGGUUACUUAUCGCAUUCAUUUUCAACCAUCGCAUUACCACCACCAAUAUUAUCACCACAGCUGCCGCCAACGCCGCCGCAUAUUUCUUCUUCCGUUCUCCGUCUCUCCGUAGUCAACGGAACCGAGCUCGACCCAUUCCGAGUCAAAACACUCUGCGCCGAUCCAAUUCCACCGGAAAACAUUCGUCAGACAAUCAUCAACCACAUCUUCAACGGAGACUCACCGUUUCUCAACUUUCCUCCGCCACACGCGGCGGCGAUUCUUCAUCGGAGUACAAAAGUCAAAGGAUGGGGUUCAAACGGUGCUGUUUUUGAAAACUUGAUUCGUAAAGUGAAGCCAAAAAUCAUCGUUGAGGUUGGAACUUUCCUUGGUGCUUCAGCGAUUCACAUGGCUGAGUUGACUCAGCGACUCGGACUCAACACUCAGAUACUUUGCAUUGAUGAUUUUCGUGGUUGGGCCGGGUUUAGAGACCAAUUCAAAAACAUAGCUAUGUUAAACGGUGACGUUUUGCUUUAUUAUCAAUUUCUUCAAAAUGUUGUUACUUUUAAAAAAACCGGUUCGGUUUUACCGGUUCCAUUUUCUAGCGGUUCGGCUUUAAUGAAGCUUUGUGAAUGGGGUGUUUGGGCCGAUUUGGUUGAAAUUGAUGCGGGUCAUGAUUUUUUAUCGGCCUGGUCCGAUAUAAAUCGGGGUCUUCGGAUUCUUCGACCUGGUGGGGUUAUUUUCGGGCAUGAUUAUUUUACUGCCGCAGAUAAUAAAGGGGUUAGAAGAGCCGUUGAUUUAUUCGCCAAAAUUCAUGGUUUUAAAGUGAAUAUUGAUGGUCAACAUUGGGUUAUAUAUACCACUAUACAUUAAGCAUACAUUACAUACAUCAUAGCUAGGUAUAUCCCCCCUUUAUCAAGUUAUUUUUUUUUCAUGUUUAUAACCCUUUAUCAAGUUUAUUCAUUAUGUUGUGUCCAAAAAAAAUAGGUUUAUUCAUUAUGUAAAUGUGAAAAAUUACACUUCAUAAUAGUGAGGUCAAGAAAAUAAAUUGCUAUUUGAAUAAGUUGAGAUCUAAAGGAUAUGUAAUAUAAAUGUAUAAAAUGGUUGAGAUCCACAUACAUUCAAUUUACUUAAAA